GCCCGAGCUCUUCAAUAGGUAAUACCGAUUAUGUAAUUGGGAUUCUAGAGGAUUUAAGGGAGUUUGAUGUAAUUGACACCUUGUACACAAUACUGAAGGAAGUGGUGAGAGAAUAAGUAUAAAUAAUCUGGAGUUCUUCAACUUUUUGAGAUAGAAACUUGUUUGUUCAAAGUAUCAUCAACUAUUAUACAACAGUUACAACUAUUAUUACAACAGCAACCAUGUCAUCAGAACAAGUUUUAAAAGAUUUGAAAGCCUCAACAUUUGGUUUAGGUCUAAUGAGUUUCACUGGUAGACCAGAUCCAUAUCCUCAAUCUGCUUUCAAUGAAACCAUCCUGGCCACUAUCAAGAAAAAUUUGCCAAAUAAGACUUUUAUCAAUGGUGGUGAAUUUUAUGGUCCAAAUGACAUCAAUUUGAAAUAUAUCAAAUCAUUCGUUGAUACUUAUCCUGAACAACGUCAACAUUUGAUCAUCUCAAUUAAAGGUGCUUUUGAUUUCUCAACAUUUACUCCAACUGGGGACAAAGAAGGGGUCCAAAAAUCAAUUGACAAUGUUACUAGUUAUAUUCCAGAUUUGGAUAUUUUUGAAGCUGCUAGAGUUGAUCCAAAAGUGCCAAUUGAAGAAACAGUUGCUGCUUUGAAUGAUAACGUUGAUAGUGGUAAGAUCAAAGCUAUUAGUGUUUCAGAAGUCAAUGCUAAUACUUUAGCCAAGAUUGCUAAAGUUUCAAAACACAAAAUUGUUGGUGUUGAAAUUGAAUUUUCUAUUUUCGCUAGAGAAAUUUUGGAGAAUGGAUUAGCUAAAACUGCUGGUGAAUUAGAUAUUCCAAUCAUUGCUUAUAGUCCAUUGUCAAGAGGGAUUUUAACUGGUGAAAUCAAAUCUUCAGCUGAUAUUCCAGAUGAUGAUUAUCGUAAGCACUUUGAUAGAUUUACUGAUGAAAAUUUGAAAAAAAAUGCUGCAAUUGUUGAAUUUGUUGAAAAAGCUGCUGCUAAGAAAAAUGCUACACCUGCUCAAUAUUCUUUGGCUUGGGUCAGAUAUUGGAGUGAGAAAACAAUCGAAGGUAUUAAGUUCCCAAAGAUCAUUGACAUUCCAAGUACUUCAAGUCUUAAAAGAGUUGAAGAAAACUUUUCAGAUGUUGUCUUGACUCAAGAAGAGUUUGAUCAAGUUAAUGAAUUCAUUAAAGGUGUUACUGCUCAUGGUUACAGAUACAAUGUCCAUGCUGAGGCUUUAUUAGGAUUAUGA